UAUGGAUAUAAAGGUCACACUGUAAUGUGUUGCAGCUCAGCCAACAGAACUGACUAGAAGGCGAGGGCUGGAGGCGAACCACAAACUAUACGGUUCAAAGACAGGCGAUUUAUAACACUGAACUAGACACUAACAAGCUCUCUAAUCUAAUGCGGAAUCUAUUACAGGUGAGGAUGUUACGCUCCGUGCUAGCCAGUAAAUUUCCGCCGAUCUCUCGUCUCUCGCUCCGGGUUCCAGCGAGCCAGUACUCGGCUACAGCUUCAGCAAUACCAGCGCCCAACACCCAGCCUGAAAUUCACUUCAACAAGAUCUUCAUCAACAACGAGUGGCACGAUGCAGUGAGCAAGAAAACCUUCCCUACCGUCAACCCCUCCACGGCAGAGGUGAUCUGCCAGGUGGCAGAGGGAGACAAGGCAGAUGUAGAUAAAGCAGUGAAUGCUGCGAAGCAGGCCUUUAGACUGGGAUCGCCAUGGAGACGGAUGGACGCCUCCCAUCGGGGACUCCUGUUGAACCGAUUGGCUGACCUGAUCGAGAGAGAUUCCGCCUAUCUGGCAGCUCUCGAGACCCUGGACAAUGGCAAGCCAUAUGCAUUGUCUUACAGUGUCGACCUGUCUGUAGUGGUGAAGUGCUUAAGGUACUACGCUGGCUGGGCUGACAAGAAUCAUGGAAAGACCAUUCCCAUCGACGGAGACUAUUUUUGCUACACCCGCCACGAGCCAGUGGGUGUGUGCGGCCAGAUCAUUCCAUGGAACUUCCCGUUAUUUAUGCAGGCCAGUAAACUUGGGCCGGCUCUGGCCACAGGCAACACAGUGGUGAUGAAGGUGGCUGAACAGACGCCGCUGACCGCUCUGUACGUGGCCAGCCUCAUCAAAGAGGCGGGGUUCCCUGAGGGGGUUGUGAACAUUGUUCCGGGGUACGGCCGCACAGCCGGCGCGGCCAUUUCCUCCCACAUGGACAUCGACAAGGUGGCCUUCACCGGGUCCACAGAGGUUGGUCAGCUGAUCCAGCAGGCAGCGAGCAGGAAUCUGAAGAAGGUGACCCUGGAGCUGGGGGGGAAGAGCCCCAACAUCAUCCUGUCAGACGCAAACUUGGAAGAUGCUGUGGAGCAGGCACACUCCGCUGUUUUCUUCAACCAGGGCCAGGUGUGCUGUGCUGGCUCUCGCACCUACGUGCAGGAGGACAUCUACAACGAGUUUGUGGAGCGCAGCGUGGAGAGAGCCAAGAAGAGGGUCGUGGGGGACCCGUUCAGCCUGCAGACAGAGCAGGGGCCGCAGGUCGAUGAGGCCCAGUUCAAGAAGGUCCUGGGCUACAUCAGCGCUGGGAAGCGCGACGGGGCCAAGCUGAUGUGUGGCGGUGGAGUGGCGGCAGAUCGAGGCUACUUCAUCCAGCCCACCAUCUUCGGAGAGGUCAAAGACAACAUGACCAUCGCCAGGGAGGAGAUCUUCGGACCGGUGAUGCAGAUCCUGAAGUUUAAGACGCUGGAGGAGGUGAUUGAACGAGGCAACGACACACAGUACGGGCUGGCUGCUGCCGUGUUCACGAGAGACAUUGACAAGGCACACUACAUCUCUGCAGCACUGCGGGCCGGCACUGUCUGGGUAAACUGUUACAAUGUGUGUGGUGUCCAAGCUCCAUUCGGUGGCUAUAAGGCUUCUGGGAAUGGACGAGAGUUCGGAGAGUAUGGCCUGGAGGCCUACACUGAAGUGAAAACUGUGACAAUUAAAGUCCCCGCUAAACCGACUGGAUCUUAAAAGAAAAGAAGAAACUGUGCUUCCAGCUUUGCAUUUAUGUUUUACUGUUUGUCUAAAGCCCAGCAUACAUGAAGGAACAUAUAUUUCCAAUUUUAUAUAUAUAUACAGACGUGCUCAAAUUUGUUGGUACCCCACCACAAAAAACGAAGAAUGCAUAAUUUUCUCUGAAAUAACUUGAAACUGACAAAAGUAAUUGGCAUCCACCAUUGUUUAUUCCAUAUUUAAUAGAAAUCAGACUUUGCUUUUGAUUUUUUAUUCAACAUAAUAUUGUAAAUAAUAAAACAAAUGAAAAUGGCAUGGACAAAAAUGAUGGGACCGCUAACCUAAUAUUUUGUUGCACAACCUUUAGAGGCAAUCACUGCAGUCAAACGUUUUCUGUAGCUCUCAAUGAGACUUCUCCACCUGUUAACAGGUAGUUUGGCCCACUCUUCCUGAGCAAACUGCUCCAGCUGUCUCAGGUUUGAUGGGUGCCUUCUCCAGACUGCAAGUUUCAGCUCUUUCCAUAGAUGUUCGAUAGGAUUCAGAUCAGGACUCAUAGAAGGCCACUUCAGAAUAGUCCAAUGUUUUGUUCUUAUCCAUUCUUGGGUGCUUUUAGCUGUGUGUUUUGGGUCAUUAUCCUGUUGGAGGACCCAUGACCUGCGACUGAGACAGAGCUUUCUGACACUGGGCAGUACGUUUCGCUCCAGAAUGCCUUGAUAGUCUUGAGAUUUCUUUGUGCCCUGCACAGAUUCAAGGCACCCUGUGCCAGGCGCAGCAAAGCAGCCCCAAAAUAUAACCGAGCCUCCUCCAUGUUUCACUGUAGGUAUGGUGUUCUUUUCUUUGAAAGCUUCAUUUUUUCGUCUGUGAACAUAGAGCUGAUGUGACUUGCCAAAAAGCUCCAGUUUUGAGUCAUCUGUCGAAAGGACAUUCUCCCAGAAGGAUUGUGGCUUGUCAAUAUGCAUUUUAGCAAAUUCCAGUCUGGCUUUUUUAUGUUUUUCUUUCAAAAGUGGAGUCCUCCUGGGUCUUUCGCUCAAAAAGCGACGGAUGGUGCGAUCAGAAACUGACGUACCUUCACCUUGGAGUUCAGCUUGUAUCUCUUUGGCAGUUAUCCUUGGUUCUUUUUCUACCAUUCGCACUAUCCUUCUGUUCAAUCUGGGGUCGAUUUUCCUCUUGCGGCCGCGCCCAGGGAGGUUGUCUACAGUUCCAUGGACCUUAAACUUCUUAAUAAUAUUUGCAACUUCACAGUUGUCACAGGAACAUCAAGCUGCUUGGAGAUGGUCUUGUAGCCUUUACCUUUACCAUGCUUGUCUAUUAUGUUCUUUCUGAUCUCCUCAGACAACUCUCUCCUUUGCUUUCUCUGGUCCAUGUUCAGUGUGGUGCACACAAUGAUACCAAACAGCACAGUGACUACUUUUCUCCAUUUAAAUAGGCUGAAUGACUGAUUACAAGAUUGGAGAAACUAAUGAAACUAAUUAUUUGAAACUAAUUAGUUUGAAAUAUCACUAUAAUCCAAUUAUUUAUUAUCUUUUCUAAGGGGUACCAACAAAUGUGUCCAGGCCAUUUUAGAAUAUCUUUGUAGAAUAAGCAAUAAUUCAUCUCUUUUCACAGCUUCUUUGCUUUAUUCUAUGACAUACCAAAGGCAUGCAAGUAUACAUGAUAAAAUAGCUUUUAAUUUCAUCACUUUUCAGGAGGAAUGAAGCAUUAUUUCAAUGAGCUGUAAGGGUACCAACAAAUUUGAGCACGUCUGUAUAUCUCAUAUUUCACAUACGUCAAGGUGAAAUGCAUUCUAUUUUUUCACAAUGGCUGUUAUGGCUUUAUUUCAUAAAACAGGAGGGGGGUACAAUGUUAGAAUCUUUUAGAUCGGGCUUGACAUGCUUGUUUUGUUGUUGGUGGAGAAAAACAUAGUACUUUGAAAUGCAUUGCUGACUAAACUUACUUCAACAGAUUUUCUUAAAGAGACAUUUGUAUACUUGCAAAAUAAAACUUAUUU